UCCCCUCACUGCAGGACAGUGGCCUCAGCAGCAUGAAGCUGAACUUCAGUGGCCUGAGGGCCCUGGUGACAGGGGCAGGGAGAGGGAUCGGGCGUGACACCGUGAAGGCCCUGCAUGCCUCAGGAGCCAAAGUGGUGGCCGUGACCCUUAUCAACUCAGACCUGGUCAGCCUCUCCAAAGAGUGUCCCGGGAUAGAGCCCGUGUGUGUGGACCUGGGUGACUGGGAGGCCACGGAGAAGGCGCUGGGCGGCAUCGGCCCUGUGGACUUGCUGGUCAACAACGCAGGAGUGGCACUGAUGCAGCCUUUUAUAGAGUCCACAAAGGAGAUCUUUGACAGGUCCUUCAACGUGAAUGUGCGCGCUGUCCUGCAGGUGUCCCAGAUGGUAGCCAAAGGCAUGAUUAACCGUGGAGUGGCAGGGUCCAUUGUCAACGUCUCCAGCAUGGUGGCCUAUGUCACCUAUCCUGGCCUGACCACCUACUGCUCCACCAAGGGUGCAUUAACUAUGCUGACCAAAGCCAUGGCCAUGGAACUGGGGCCACACAAGAUCCGGGUAAACUCCGUAAACCCCACCGUGGUGCUGACUGACAUGGGCAAGAAAAUCACUGCAGACCCUGAGUUUGCCAGGAAGCUCAAAGAGCGUCACCCGCUGAGGAAGUUCGCAGCGGUUGAGGACGUCGUCAACAGCAUCCUCUUCCUCCUCAGCGACAGCAGUGCCUCGACCACUGGCUCUGGCAUCCUGGUGGACUCUGGCUUCCUGGCCUCCUAGUCUGCCCAGAUACCGCAGACCCUGGAGGCCUCCCUGGUCCCACCCUCACACCACGAAUCUGCCUUCAACCCAGCUCAACAGUUCUGCUUCCAUCCUGUGUAUCCACCCCACAUCUAUCCCCAACCUCAGACUUCUGGACACCUCCCCUCUAUAUCAGCAAGGCUGGGCUAAUUUGCUUAAAUAA